AUGGCAUAUCCAGAAAAUGUCGGCAUUAAAGCCAUGGAAAUCUACAUUCCCAAUCAGUGCUUGGAUCAAGCGCUUUUUGAACAAUAUCAGGGCGUUUCCGCCGGCAAAUACACUAUCGGCUUGGGUUUGAAGUACAUGAAUUACUGCGAUGAUCGAGAAGACGUGUGCUCACUUGCCCUUACGGCCGUCUCCUCCUUGCUCCGCAAAUACAACAUCGACCCCAAGUCGAUUGGGCGCUUGGAGGUUGGCACCGAAUCUCUGAUCGACAAGGCCAAGUCUGUCAAAAGUGUGCUGACCCAGCUGUUCGAGCCGGCUGGGAACACAAGUUUGGAGGGCAUCGACACCGUCAACGCAUGCUACGGGGGUACAAGCGCAUUGUUCAAUGCGGUAAACUGGGUCGAAUCUCGCUCAUGGGAUGGCCGUGAUGCUAUAGUGGUUGCCUCGGAUAUCGCGCUGUACCGGGAGGCUUCUUCUAGGCCCACGGGCGGCGCUGGCUGUGUGGCCAUGCUCGUGGGCCCCAACUCUUUGCUCUCUCUCGAGCCAGUCCUAAGGGGAACUUUCAUGACCCAUGCCUAUGACUUCUACAAGCCUGAUCUUAAGGUCGAGUUCCCUGUGGUCAACGGCCAUGAGUCUAUCCGAGCCUACCUCUCCGCACUGGAUGGGUGCUACAAGCGCCUGCGCGAAAGGGUGGAAAAGACGCAGAGCGAUACCAACGGCCACGGGCCUAAUGAUGCGCAAAAGCACUUGCUGGAUGGUUUUGAUUACAUGGCAUUCCAUACCCCAAACUGCAAACUCGUCAGCAAAUCAUACGGACGUCUCAUGUACAAUGACUUUCUGCACUCGACCGAUGAGAAGACCCGGAACGCGGUCCCUGCCGAACUGCAGCAGCUCAGCUACGAGGAGUCUCUGAAGAGCAAGGAGCUGGAAAAACUCUUUGUGGCGCUCUCGAAAGAUCGCUUCCAGUCCAGAGUCGAGCCGUGCAUCGCCGCUCCCACCCUGUGCGGCAACAUGUACACUGCGAGCUUGUACUGCUCACUCAUCAGCCUCAUCAGUAACAUCGACCCGAAAGAAGCUGUGGGGAAGACAAUCGGCAUGUUUAGUUACGGAAGCGGAAUAGCCAGCACUCUUUUUGCUCUCAAGGUCACCGGAGACGUCAGCGAAAUGGUGCGGAAGAUCGAUCUCAUGGACAGGCUCAAUCGACGUCAUAUCGCCACGCCAGAGGAAUAUGAGAAUGCAUGUGCACUCAGGCUGAAGGCCUAUGGUUCCAAGAGCUUCCAGCCCGCUGGAGAGAUAGCUUCACUAGCCGCUGGGACAUACUACCUGGAGAGCAUCGACGACGCAUACCGAAGAACGUAUGCUGUCAAGAACUAA